AUGACAAUUCAAAAAGUCUACAGGAUCGGCGUCGACGUUGGCGGGACAAAUACAGAUUGUGUCAUCAUUCACCCCGGCGAGGCGCAUUUACCUGAUCGCGGCAUCCGCAGCGCAUUCAAGACUCCGACCACAGCAAAUGUCACCGUGGGUAUAACCAAAGCCAUCGAGGGAGCCAUAUCAAAAUGCGGCAUCCCCUUAGAGGCCGUAGCGGCAGUCAUGAUUGGCACAACGCACUUUAUCAAUGCUGUCGUACAAGCGGAUGACCGCAAUCUCAGGAAGGUUGCUGUCCUCAGAGUCUGUGGGCCAUACACAAAAGAGAAUCCGCCUUUUAUGGACUUUCCACCAAUUCUGAGCCGCAUCAUGAAUGGCCAUGUCGGUUACUUGGAUGGUGGCCUUGAAUUUGAUACUCGAGAAAUAAUGCCUCUCAACGAGGUGCAAGUGCGCAAGGAAUGCCAAGCUGUAAAGGGGAAAGAUUUGACUGACAUUGCCGUGAUUGGCGUUUUCUCACCACUGGAUAUCACCGGGAAGCAGGAAGCAAGAGUCAAGCAAAUCAUCCAGGAGGAGAUACCAGAAGCAGACGUUGUCUUAUCCAGAGACAUCGGUCAGCUUGGGUACCUCGAAAGAGAAAACGCCACGAUUCUCAAUACAUCAAUCUUGAAGUUCGCCAGGAAGACUAUCCGCGGGUUCAAAAUGGCGAUCCGAACAUUGGGUCUUUCGUGUCCGCUGUUCCUGACGCAGAACGAUGGAACCAUUAUUGAUGCCGAUGCUGCUGAGAAAUGCCCCAUCAAGACAUUCUCGAGUGGUCCAACUAAUUCCAUGUCUGGAGCUGCUUAUCUGGCCGGUCUUGAUACCGAGGAAAAGAAAAUACGAAAUGCACAAGUUAUCGUGGCGGAUAUCGGAGGUACCACAACUGACGUUUGUGCGCUGUUACCAUCAGGCUUUCCCCGGCAAGCCGGCACAUGGGUAGACAUUGGGGGUGUUCGAAGCGCCUUCUCGAUGCCUGAAGUACUAUCUGUCGCUCUUGGAGGAGGCACGAAAGUUGAAGAGCGUGAUGGGAAAAUCUACGUUGGUCCGGAGUCCGUUGGCCACAAACUUAUCACCGAAAGCCUUGUCUUUGGUGGCAAUACAUUGACAACAACGGAUAUUGUUGUUGCGAGUGGUCAAGCAGACGUUGGAGACUCUGCAAGGGUCAAGAACGUUCCCCAGCAUACCAUCGCACAAGCUCGCCACCGCGUUAAAAGAAUACUCGAGAACGCCGUGGAUGCCAUGAAGUUGAGCGCAGAUGAUGCUGUCGUGAUCCUCGUAGGAGGCGGCAGUAUCGUACACAUGGACGAUCUAGACGGGGUCGGGAAGAUCAUUCGUCCACCGUUUCAUGACUGCGCGAACGCAGUUGGAGCCGCGAUCGCAAAGAUCUCCGGGCAAGUCGACGUUGUCAAAGUCCUGGAAGGUCUCGAUGAGGAUAAGGUGGUGGAGGAAGUGUGCUCCGAGGCCAAGAGCAUCGCCAUCGCCUCGGGUGCGGACCCUGAAUCCGUCACCAUUGUCGCAAUUGAGAACAUGCCGCUACAAUACGUCCAGAUGCGUGCUUCUAGGAUCGUCGUCAGAGCCGCUGGGACUCUGAACCAGAAAGCACUCUUACAUCAUGUUCCUACUGACAACUCCGAAGACCUUGUGACACUCCAAGAGGUUCUCGAAGAGAAAAUAUCCGGUAAGACGAACGCCGAAAAAGAUCCCAAGGACUUCUUGGUCAGUCCUUCAGCUUUGGUCGACAUCCGCCAAUACAGACCCGAGGUGGAUGAGAACGGCACAUGGUGGGUAUCCGAGAUCGAUUGUGAGUUCUUGGCCACCGGCUGCAGUACUGUGGCUUGCGGCGGCGGCGGGCCUGGCUAUAUGUGCUACAUGGCCGCAAGGGCAGCCAUCAAAGCUGGUGAGCGCUUGCCCGUAGUUGAUAUUGAGACCUUGCCGGACGAUGGAUAUGUACUUGGUAGUAUAUCAUAUGGCGCUCCAACAGUUACGCUCGAGCGUAUCCCCAGUGGUACGGAGUCGGUCGACGCCACGGACGCUCUGUUGAGUUGUUUUCCAGAGGUCAAGAUGAGUGCUCAGAUUGCGCUCGAGAUUGGAGGGAUGAACGGUAUUCGUCCACUUCUAGUUGCCAACAGUUACGGGGGCAUCCCAACAAUAGACGGCGAUCAUAUGGGAAGAGCCUACCCAAGGAUCGGAAUGGAUACUCCGGCCCUAUUCGGCUUCCCACUUGCGCCUUGCACGCAGAGCGACGGCAUGGGGAACGUCGUGACCGUCCACAAGGCGUCUUCACCGGCGAAGCUGGAAAAGAUUCAUCGCAAGGCUGGCCAAGAACUUGGUCUGUUUUCGCAACUGGUCAAUCCACCCAUGUCGGUCAAGGACACGAAGACAAUGGCCACGUUAGGCACCACUUCGCUGGCAUGGUACAUCGGUCGAGCUGUCUACCUCGCCAAGCAAGAAAAGACUGACAUCAUGAAAGCUAUUGUCGAAGCAAACCCUUCGGGACGAGUCCUAUACACUGGGAAGAUUGUGUCAGUCAAUCGUUAUAUAUCCGCCGGUGGCUACACCGAGGGUACAGUUCGUCUCAAACCAAUUAGCAGCGAUGAGAUGGAGUACGGAGACACCGCCUCAACCGAGACACGCGAUAUGGUGCUCCCUUUUCAGAACGAGUAUCUCUACGCCGAACUCAUCGAGCCAGAUGCCCCGAAGGGUACCAAGGGGGAGAUUCUGUGCACAGUCCCAGACCUAAUAUCGCUUAUUGGAUCGGAUGGAUAUGCGCUAGGAACACAGGAUCUGAGGUAUGGUGUCAGGGUCAGCGUCGUAGCGUUCGUCGCUCACCCGCAUUGGUAUACACCAAAAGGAAUUGAAGUCGGCGGUCCUAGGGCAUUUGGUUUUGACAUGGACUUCAUACCACUUGGUACGCCCUAUUACGAGCCCAAGCGGGUAACAAAGGAGUUCCGGCCGGCGUGA